UGCAUCGUGUCAUCUGUCAAGUUUAUUUUGGCACAAGACAAAAAUGCCUAACUGAAAAAAUCGUAAACAGAUAUUUCACAACAAAUUGAAUUAAAUUCGCUAUAAAAUAUUAUUUAUAAAAUGAUUGCCCGGCCAACUUUAAACAGAAUACCUGGAGAAGCAGCUGCUUUAAAAUCUGAUCAUCUUAUUCAAGAUCUAACAAAACUUGAUAGAUUACAACUUCUUGAAAUUAAAGCGCGCGAGGAAAAACUAAUAUCCAGAAUACCAAAUCUAAACAAACUACCCGACAAGGGACAACGUAUAAAAGAUUUCUUUCAAAAAGUAUGCAAGGAACUUGAAAGACGUUCCGACAUAGAUGAUGCAGCUGAAAAAUUUUCCGAAAUGAACAUUGCUUCCAAAGGUGAAGAAAAACUUAUCAAAAUGGAAUGGAAUGGAAAGAUUAGUUCUGAUCCAACUGUUGAUGUGAUUGACAGUGACGACGAAGCCGAAUUAGAUCCACUAAAGAUCAUAGCUCAACGCACAAUGCACGAAAAGAAAGUUAUCAAUAUUCCACCUGAGGAAUCUUUAAUAACUCAAAAAGAUAUUGAAGAAAUUAAUUCGUUUAAAAAUGAAAAGCCGGAUUUAGUGGUUGAUGCUGAGAUUGUUAGCAUAAAUGUUAUUGAUAAAAUUGAUAAGCUGAAACCUCUGUUAAAAGAAGAUCUUAAUAGAAACUUACACUUCAAUGAACAAGAGGAAGACCCACAUUUGCAGUAUUUGGUAGAGAAAGGCGUUGACCGACCGGCAAUUAAAGAAAAGUAUAAACCAUAUCAAACCACAAUCUCUAAUGUGCAUGAUCCAGAAAAAGAAAAACUUCGAAAAAAGGGAAAGCAUUGGGAGAACACGGCUGCAACACCUCCUCUAAUUCAACAUGGUGCAACUAAAAUGCUGUCGUUAACUGACUCAGUUGAGAUUCAAAAGACAUAUUUAGAAAAGUUGAAGAUACUUCAAGAAAAACAAGCUGCCGAUAGGUUAGCAGCAAGGAUGCAACGAGCUGCUAAUAAUCCUAUUCAAGUACCAAGCGAAGCUGUCCGUAAAAAUAAUCCAAACUUCAACACAUACAGAGAUCCAAAACCGAAACAAAUCAACAUCGAAGGUGAGAAGCAAAUCGAUGAAGAUGAUGAAGUGGAAGAUUUGGACGAUGAAAAACCGGGAGGAGUUGUGUAUACAGUUUUUGAUUAGGUAAUAAUUUUAAUUUUACGGUCCUUAUAAUGAAGAAAUCAAGGUGCCCAUAACAAGGCUUUAAACAUUGUACCUUUAUAUAAAUUUGUAAACGUAAAAUGUAAAUAAGUAGUUUUUAGUUUUUGUAUGUAUUUAUGUGAAAUAAUUAAAAUAAAACUGUCAAGCUGGAUUCUGCAAAGUAAUUUUGUUCUUCUUCCAUUGUUCCAUCAAUACAAAAUGCUUAAUUUUGUAUAUUAAAUAUAUUUAUUUAUUUAUAACAAUUAAAAUGGAAAAAAUAUACAUAUCACUGUAAUUUAAACAUUUAAUUUUUUAACAAUAUUACUAGGCGCUUUUAGAAAAUGUAUUAUUUUUUUUGUAUCACAAAUAUUUUAUUAUAAUUUUAAUAACUUGGAAGAUUUUUGCAUGAAGGCUUUUAUUUUUUUUUAUUGUCAACACAUGCUGUAGCGUCUUAAGCUAACUUGAGAGUUUGGAAUAAUCUGGUUAUACUAGUGGAAGAGCUUUUGUGCGUAAAGAAAUUCAAAGAAA